CGCCAUGAUUAUGAAGAUCCAGGCAGUGUCUGCCACAUAUAGAUCCUAUGUCCAGCACGUUGGAAUGCCCGAGUAAAGGAACUUUAUCCAUCGCAAUUUCUCCUAGCUCUAUCACUGCUUCUUUUCAAGUGCCCUAGUUUACAUUAUGCAGUCCUAUCCGUCCGAGGAUAUUCAACCGGCUCCAGCAGUAAGAACAACAAACAGAGGACAUCUCCAAUUUGCCGAAGACAAGGGUGGACUCUGGUCCUCUGGCAAUAGCACCGAUGUCUCCCUCUCUGUCAAUCAGGCCGUUAAAGGUGGAGGCCUUUAUUCAGAUUUGGCUCGACACUUCCAAGCCGAGAUCGACACCAGAUAUGCAGACAUAGUCUUGAUAGUUUGCGGGUUUGUCAGCGGGCUAGUUGACGGGCUAUCCUUUAACGCAUGGGGUAGCUUCUCAAGCAUGCAGACAGGGAAUACCCUCUUCAUCGCCCUCGGUGCCUCCUCCCAACCUAGAUAUCCAGCUUACCUCUGGGCCAAAUCACUCAUAGCCCUAUGCACUUUUAUAACCAGCAACGUCAUCUUCAUCCAGGUAGCCCGAAGACUGAGCCCUAGGCGUCGUUCAACCCUGAUUCUUUCGUUCGCUACCCAGACCCUCUGCCUCCUCGCUGCUGCCAUCCUGGUUGAAGCCAAAGUGGUCUCCCCGAAGCCAGAAGAUCCCCGGGCUCCGAUCCAGUGGAUGCAGAUUCUGCCCAUUACGCUACUUGCCUUCCAGGCAGGCGGGCAGAUCUGCGCGUCAAGGAUUCUCGCAUAUGAUGAGAUUCCUACUGUAGUACUCACAACCUUGUUGUGUGAUCUACUGGUCGACCCGGAUCUACUCGCAAAGAAGAACGCCAAGAGGAACAGACGGAUUGGGGCAUUCCUGGCGUUGUUUCUGGGGGCGAUGACAGCGGGUGGGCUGUCUAAAGUUGCUACCAUGGCGAGUAGCCUGUGGUUCGCCUUUGGGUUGAAGUUCACAAUCACCCUUAGUUGGAUCGUCUGGAGAGCAGAAGGGAGGAGUAAAGCUGGAGACAUCGUUUGAUCCGAUCAAACCUUCUUCUCACCCCUAUGAUCGAUUAAUGUUGUCUUUUUAUCUGAGACUGUUCUUACAACACCGAGCCGUCUGUUUCAAGCUUACUAAAUUGUCACCAUGUUCUCUCAAUAUUAUUGCCAUAUAUUAUAUCUUCCUUCC